UUUAAAAAUAAACGCGAAUCGGCACCAAAUACCAAAAUAUCGUUGACCGCAACUAAAACUAAACAUCAAAACACACCCAAGUACCAAAUUCCAGCCGAAAUUCGAAAAAAUUAGAAGCCAAAGCGAGGCAGCUAAUUAAUUCCGAGUGAAAAACGCGAAGCUCACAGCAACAAAGUAUCCAAAAUGUUCAGCUCGAUUACAGAUGCAUCGAAAUCGUCGUUGAAGAACAUUGGCGACAAGACCGCCAGUCUGUUCAGCAAGAAGAAGGAUGAGGCUGAGAAGUUGGCCAACGACAAGGCUCUCGAGGCUCAGAAGCUGGCCGAGGAGCAGGCCAAGAAGGUUGGCGAGUCCGUGCAGCAGACCAAGAACGAGGCCGAGCAGUUGGCCACGAGCACAGCCAAGGAUGCUGCCGCUCUGGCCACGGCCGAGGCCCAGAAGGCUGGCCAGGCUAUCGAUCAGGGUGUGAAUCGUGCUGCUGGUGCUGUUAACCAGACCAAGCAGGCUGUGGACAACACCGUGCAGCAGGCAAGUGCCGUCGCCCAGAACUCCAAGCAGGUGGCAGCCAACAUUGCCGAUGCAUCGCAGCGCGCCGCCGCCAAUGCCGUCGAUCAGACCAAGAAGGCAGCCAACGAUGCCAUCAACAAGAGCGUCAAGGCCGCCGAGAACGUGGCCGAUCAGAAGCUGAAGCAGGCUGAGGGCGCCAUCGAUGGGGCGCUCAAGCAGACCAGCCAGGCGGUGGACCAGAAGCUGAACGAGGCCAACCAGUACGUUGACCAGAAGCGCGGAGCCGCCGAGAAAAGUUUCCAGGACGCCGCCAGCCACGCCCAGGAGAGUGCCGGCCAGCAGGCCAGCCAGCUGCUGGGAAAGCUCAGCCUGGCCCCCAAGUAGAUUCGUUUUACUGCCCAUCCCAGCACAAUCGGCAGCCCAAAUAAUUUCGUGUGUAUGUAAUUAAACAAGAAAAUGCUUUAGAAACAAAAAAGAACAUUUGCUUCAACGUAACAAGUGCCAGCAAUCUGAUUGCUAAACAUCCUCAAUUGAUAAAUACAGAAAAAUAUUUUUGGAUUAUUA